CGUGAGCCGCCGCAGCCCCGCGCCCGCCGCUGGGGCUGGAGCUUUGUGCCGCGGCGCGGGGAAGGGACGCGGGGCCGGAGUCGGCGGGCCGGCCUCAGUAUGGACGUGACCGUGUCGGAGCUCAUGGAGCUCUUCCUGCAGAGCCCGCUGGUGACCUGGGUGAAAACUUUUGGCCCGUUCGGAAGCGGCAACCAGGACAAUCUGACCAUGUACAUGGAUUUAGUGGACGGCAUCUUUUUGAACCAGAUCAUGUUGCAAAUAGAUCCCAGGCCGACAAACCAGCGCAUCAACAAGCACGUCAACAACGACGUGAACCUUCGCAUUCAGAACCUGACCAUCUUGGUGAGGAACAUUAAGACCUACUACCAGGAAGUUCUGCAGCAGCUGAUCGUAAUGAAUCUGCCCAAUGUUUUGAUGAUCGGCAAAGACCCGCUGUCUGGGAAAAGCAUGGAGGAAAUCAAGAAGGUGCUGCUGCUGGUGCUGGGCUGUGCUGUCCAGUGUGAGAGGAAAGAGGAGUUUAUUGAAAGGAUCAAACAGCUGGACAUUGAGACGCAGGCUGGAAUCGUGGCCCACAUUCAGGAGGUGACCCACAACCAGGAGAACGUGUUUGACUUGCAAUGGCUGGAGCUCCCCGACAUGGCUCCAGAGGAGCUGGAGGCCCUCUCGCGGAACAUGGUGUUUCACCUCCGGAGGCUUAUUGACGAGCGGGACGAGUGCUCCGAGCUGAUCGUCGACCUCACUCAGGAGCGGGACUACCUCCAGACGCAGCAUCCGCCCAGCCCCCUCCAGUCCUCCAGUGUCGACUCCACCCCCAGCCCCACCAGCAGCCUCUCCAGUGAAGACAAGCAGCACCUGGCGGUGGAGCUGGCCGACACCAAGGCCAGGCUGCGGCGUGUCCGGCAGGAGCUGGAGGAGAAGACGGAGCAACUUGUGGACGCCAGACACGAAGUGGACCAGCUGGCACUGGAGCUGCAGAAAGUCAAGCAGGAGAACGUCCAGCUCGCGGCGGAUGCCCGGUCUGCACGUGCCUACCGUGAUGAGCUGGACUCCCUGAGGGAGAAGGCGAACCGUGUGGAGCGGCUGGAGAUGGAGCUGGUGCGCUGCCGGGAGAAGCUGCACGAUGUGGAUUUCUACAAGGCGCGCAUGGAGGAGCUGAGAGAAGAUAACAUCAUUUUAAUUGAAACCAAAGCCAUGCUGGAGGAGCAGCUGACCGCGGCCCGGGCCCGCAGCGAUAAAGUCCACGAGCUGGAGAAGGAGAACCUGCAGCUGAAGUCAAAACUGCACGACCUGGAGUUGGACAGGGACACCGACAAGAAGCGGAUUGAGGAGCUGCUGGAAGAGAACAUGGUCCUGGAGAUUGCACAGAAGCAGAGCAUGAACGAAUCCGCACACCUCGGCUGGGAGCUGGAGCAGCUGUCCAAGAAUGCGGACCUGUCCGAUGCCUCCAGGAAGUCAUUUGUGUUUGAGCUGAACGAGUGCGCCUCCAGCCGCAUCCUGAAGCUGGAGAAGGAGAACCAGAGCCUGCAGAGCACCAUCGAGGGGUUGCGGGAUGCGUCCCUGGCGCUGGAGGAGAGCAGCCUCAAGUGCGGGGAGCUGGAGAAGGAGAACCAGCAGCUCAGCAAGAAGAUUGAAAAGUUACAGACCCAGCUGGAGAGAGAGAAGCAGAGCAAUCAAGAUCUGGAGAUCCUGAGUGAGGAGCUGAUCAAAGAGAAGGAGCAGCUGCAGGGCGACAUGGAGGUGUUGAAGGCGGGCAGAGCCAGGCAGAUCAAGGACCUCGAGCAGGAAAGGGAUCAUCUCAACCAAGUGGUGUGGUCGCUGCGGGAGAGGUCACAGGUCAGCAGCGACGCCCGCGUGAAAGAUGUUGAAAAGGAGAACAAAGUCCUCCACCAGACGGUGACAGAGACCAGCAGCAAGCUCAGCCGGCUGGAAUUUGAGAAGCAGCAGCUGCACAAGGACUUGGAGCAAGCGAGGGAGAAGGUGGAGCGAGCAGAGGAGCUGGAGAAGGAGCUGCACCGGCUGGAGAAGGAGAACGAGAGGUUGGCCAAGAAGACAGCCUCCCUGAAGACGGUCUCUGAGAAGGCAGACGCCCUAGAGCACGAGAGCCGGGGCUUGGAGUUGGAGAACCGGAAACUGAGGAAGUCUCUGGACACCCUGCAGAACGUGUCGGUGCAGCUUGAGGGUCUGGAGCGGGACAACAAGCAGCUGGAUGAGGAGAACCUGGAGCUGCGCAAGAUGGUGGAGACCCUGCGCUUCACCAGCGCUAAGGUGGCGCAGAUGGAGAGGGAGAAUCAGGAGCUGGAGCGGGAGAAGGAGGAGCUGAGGAAGAACGUGGAGCUGCUGAAGACCCUGGGCAAGAAGUCGGAGCGCCUGGAGCUCAGCUACCAGGGCGUGAGCGCCGAGAACCUGCGGCUGCAACAGACCCUGGAAAGCAGCAGCCAGAAGUCACAGGCCCUGGAGAGGGAACUCCAGGAGCUGGAGGCGGAGAACCAGGCCCUGCAGCGAGACCUGGAGGCCCUGCGACUCUCCAACAAGCAGCUGGAGAGGAUUGAGCAGGACAAGAAGGGCCUGGAGCAGGAGGUUGCCCAGCUUGAAAAAGAUAAGAAGUUGCUGGAGAAGGAGGCUAAGCGGCUGUGGCAGCAAGUAGAACUGAAGGAUGCCGUCCUGGAUGACAGCACUGCGAAGUUGUCUGCGGCUGAGAGGGAGAGCCGUGCCCUGGACAAGGAGCUGGCCCGCUGUCGGGACGCGGCCAGCAAGUUGAAGGAACUGGAGAAGGACAACAGGGACCUCACCAAGCAGGUCACCAUGCACACGAGGACACUGACGACCUUGAGAGAGGACCUGGUGCUGGAGAAGCUGAAGAGCCAGCAGCUGACCAGUGAGCUGGACAAGCUGAGCCAGGAACUGGAGAAGGCUGGCCUCAGCAAAGAGCUACUGCUGCAGGAGGAUGGCCCCAACCAUGACACAAAAUACAAGAUUUUGGAGGGCAGAAAUGAAACAGCAUUAAAAACGACACUAGCCAUGAAAGAAGAAAAAAUUGUUUUCUUAGAAGCCCAGGUGGAAGAGAAAGUGAGCCUCAAUCACCAGCUACAGAAUGAGCUCCAGAUGGUGAAGAAGGAGUGUGAGCUGCUCAGGCAGAACCAGGAUGAGGGCAAGCACUUACAGAACUCCUUCAAACACCCCGUGGGGAAGCUGGCUGCCAGUCAGCAGGGCCAGGAGACCUGGGGGCCCAGCCACAAGGAAGCCACAAUGGAGCUGCUGCGAGUGAAGGACCGGGCCAUUGAGCUGGAGCGGAAUAAUGCAGCGCUGCAGGCGGAGAGGCAGCUGCUCAAGGAACAGCUGCAGCACUUGGAGUCCCAGAACGUGGCCUUCAGCAGUCAGAUCCUGACGCUACAAAAGCAGAGUGCCUUCCUGCAGGAACACAACACCACGCUGCAGACCCAGACCGCCAAGCUGCAGGUGGAGAAUUCCACGCUGAGCUCCCAGAGUGCCUCACUCACUGCACAGUACACACUGCUCCAGAACCAGCAGACGGCCAAGGAGACGGAGAUGGAGAACCUGCAGAAGCAGCAGGAGCAGCUGGCGACGGCCUACGAGGCCCUGCUGCAGGACCACGAGCGUCUGGGCGCCCUCCACGAGCACCAGUCCGCCGAGUACGAGGCCCUUAUCCACCAGCACAGCUGCUUGAAGACGCUGCAUAGGAACCUGGAGCUGGAGCACAAGGAACUAGGGGAGAGGCACAGCGACAUACUGAAGCACAAGGCGGAGCUGGACGAGCUGGAGAAGGUCCUGAAGACGGAGAGGGAGGCUCUUCAGCAGGAGCAGAGGACAAAUGCCAUCGCUGCGGAUGAGAACCAGAGACUGCAGGGAGAGCUGGACAGAGUCAGUUUCCUGCACCACCAGCUGAAGGAGGAGUAUGAGGAGCUGCACGCCCACACCAAGGAGCUGAAAACCUCGCUCAACAACUCGCAGCUGGAGCUGAACCGCUGGCAGGCCCGCUUCGAUGAGCUCAAGGAGCAGCACCAGAGCAUGGACAUCUCGCUGACCAAGCUGGACACGCGCUGCGAGCUGCUCUCCCGUCUCAAGGGGAACUUGGAGGAAGAAAACCAUCACCUCUUGAGCCAGAUCCAGCUGUUGAGCCAGCAGAACCAGAUGCUUCUGGAGCAGAACAUGGAGAGUAAAGAGCAGUACCAUGAGGAGCAGAAGCAGUACAUAGACAAAUUAAAUGCCUUACGAAGACAUAAGGAAAAACUGGAAGAAAAAAUCAUGGACCAGUACAAGUUCUAUGAUCCUGCUCCAAAGAAGAAAAACCACUGGAUUGGAGCCAAAGCCUUAGUCAAAUUCAUCAAACCAAAGAAAGAGGGGUCUAGAGAACGGUUAAAAUCAACCGCAGACAGCCCUCCCUGGCAGCUGGAGUCCUCAGACCCGAUCUCGCCGUCUGCUUCUCAGCCUCUCAGGUCACAGCCGGAGAACCCAGAGACUGUCCCCUUGGGAUCAAACUGUGCAGAAGAGCGAGAUGCUCACAACGGGCCUGUGGGAAAAGGCCCUGGGGAUCCAAAACCAAAGCGAGGGUCCCCACAUGGAGGCAGCCUGGACCGCACAGAUGCUCCCACCGACCCAGCUGUGAAGUCCUGGCCUUCAGAGCUGGGCACCCGGAUCUGUGCCACCUCAGCCAUCACUACAACCCCUUCCAGCUCCACCCCCAUCUCCCGGCACCCAGGCCGCAUCAAGGGCUGUAACACAGAUGACAACCUCUGUGAGUCAUCCCUGGGGCUCGAGUUCACCAGCCACAGGCAGUACGUGUCCCGGCCAAGUAGCUUAGAGAGCAGUAGAAAUACAUCCAGCAACAGCUCACCGCUUAACCUAAAAGGUUCCUCCGACCAGCUCCACGGCAGGUCCGAGAGCUUCAGCAGCGAAGACCUGAUCCCCAGCAGGGACACAGCCACCCCCCGCGAGGCCGGCACCCCAGGACGCCCCACCCUCUGCCGCCAUGAGUACCCUCCACCCCGGAAUGGGCCACUCCCGCAGGAGGGUGCCCAGAAGAGGGGUGCCACCCAGCCACCGACUGGAGGGCGGCCCCGCUCUGCCUCUCCAAGCAGCGAGAUGGUCACCCUGGAGGAGUUUCUGGAGGAGAGCAACCGCAGCUCCCCGACCCAUGACACUCCCAGUUCCCGGGAUGAGCUGCUAUGUGACUACUUCAGGAAGGCCAAUGACCCCCCAACCAUUGGCGGCCAGCCAGGAUCUCUGGCCAGGAAAGACGGGGCCAAGAUGCCUACCAGCUUUGUGGCCCCCACCAUCAAGAUGGCCAUCAGCAUCUCUGAGGGGAGGCUGCUGAAGCCCGGGCAGUAUGUGAGGCCAAACUUCAGAGCAGCUGAGGCUGAAGCCCUGUCCAGUGCCUCUCCGAGGCAGGGCCAGCCACCCCAGAGCCUGUCUUUGGGCAGACCCCGGCAGGCCACAAUGCCCCUGACUGCUCACACACCUGCCCACAUACCUGCCAGCCGGAGUGCGUCCCUGAGCCGGGCCUUCAGCCUGGCCUCAGCUGACCUCCUGCGGGCCAGCGGGCCAGAGGCCUGCAAACAAGAAUGCCCUCAGAAACCAGGGGGCCCAGAGGCCUUGGCGAGCAGAGAGGCAGGCAGCCACCCCCUGCAAAGCCCCACACCCCCUGGCACCCAUGGCCUGGCCCAGGAGCGCACCCUGCUUGUGGGAAAGGCUGGCAGCUCUUGUCAGGGCCCAGCCCCCCGCAGCCGGCCUCUGGACGUGAGGCGCUUCUCGCUGGCCCCCCCAAAGGAGGAAAGGCUGGCCCCACUGCAGCAGUCAGCCACAGCCUCGGCCAUUGCAACUGGCAGUGGUGGCAGCAGCACCCAGUUCCAGCACUUCUCACCUGCAGCAGCCCCAGCUGCCAGGACUAAGCCCAAAACACCCCCACACUCAGGGGAAGUGGCCACCAUCACCCCUGUCCAGGCAGGGCUUAGCCUUUCAGAGGGGGACGGGCUCCCAGCACAGGGCUACAUCGAAGGGCCCCCUGCCAAAAGCCCAGGGCGGUCUCCCGACUUCGCUCCCCAUCCUGGCCGGGGCCCAGAGGACUUCAGCCGAGGGGGCAGCUCCAGGAGCACACCGGUGUCCCCAGAGCUGGGCGGGGACCAGCAGACGGUGUGGUAUGAGUAUGGCUGUGUGUGACUUGACUCGCCUUCGGGACCAGCAGCUCCCAACCUUAGGACGACUGAAUGCACACCAUCUGAUCCUACUGGCUCUUUUUUCUCUUUGCCUGUGGUGCCGUGAAAGGGUUUAGAAUGGGGAAAAGGGGCUUUCACACAUUUCUCCUGUUCAUCUUUUUAAUGAAAACACUGUGCCAAGCCCGAACAGGAUUGCACUCCUAGAUGUACAGCAUGGCUUCCGUAUCUCUGGCUCCAAGGAACUGAUCCUUUUUGAACAAAUCCACAUCCCUAUCAGGACCAUAGAAUACAGUGAUGACACUGACUUUACCCUACAGCAGACACUAGCCUAACAUGCCCGAGAGAACACUCAUUUGCAACUUGCUGACCUCCAGUAAAGCAUGCACACAUAUGUGCGUGUGCACACACACACACAAGCCACAAGGCUGAGCCCUAGUGGGUCUGGAAACUCCCCUCUCUCUCCGCCUCCCAAAAGCCACUCGAUCCCAGCAGAAAACCCAAACAGACCCAACUACAAAGAUCUCCAGAGCCUGGGGCAGACCCCAGAGUUGGGCUUGCUUUUAAAAGCAGAGUUGUGCAUUCUCAUUCCUGGGACCCCAAGCACUUGCAGGCAGGUAGAGGGUGGGGUGGUUUGGGGUCCCCCCACCAGUGGCUCCUGUGCUCUACAAGACAGGCUUGGGGGCUACACAGGGACCUACCUUCUCAGGUUUCCCUGCUCACUUUUCUGUAAACACUGGACUUGCUAGGGAUGGGGCAGAGAAGCCCCCGGCCUGCUCCCUGGCAGUGUACAUAGUGUACAGAGAGGAAGCGUGUCCAGGGGGUGCAUGUUGGAUCUGAAACAUGGGCUGCAGCACCACUCUGUCCCCUUGUCUCAGAAAGGAUAUUGAUUUAUUAUUCCUGAAUAAUUUUGGGGGUAGAAACCAAAUUUCUUUUAAUAUAUUACAUACAUACACACACCCACACACUCAUGUGAAAUAUAUACUUUGGGGGGGAUCUAUUUAUGUUCCAUUCAGAGUCAUUCUUUUCUACCAGGAAUCUUAUCUGCUGCUUUGUGUAUAUGGUCAGAUUCCUGGCAAAUUUUGUCUUUUUAGUAAAGGUGCUUUUCUUGGGAUGAACUAAGCCCAUUGACUUUUUUUUAAUGUUAACAAGGUCAGUUUUAGGAGUGCUUUGGGUUGUGUCUUGAAUAGCCAUCAGUUUAUGGAACACAAGGACCUGAUUGUAAUAAAAUGAAACGAAAUAGAAGCUGAGUCCUAGUCUUCCUCACUGCAUGUUAUUAGCAGUGUUAAAUAGGCUGAUGAGGAGUUUCUGGGGAUCUCUGCUUCAGCACCCCAAAGCAUCUUCCUGGGCUGUCAGAGCCCACGGCUUGCUUUGCCAAUAGGUUAUAUGAAGCUGUUAUACAACCAGCCAGAGACAUGCGAAGAACAAAGAUGUCCUGUUUAUUAUACAACAGCUUUUUUCCAGAGUUGCAUCCACUUUUAACUGAUAAAAAUUGAAUCCCAUAUUGAGGAGGUGGGGCCAACAUGGCGCUAUAGACAAAUACUGUGCCGUCCCUUUGCAUCAAAAACCCAAAAAACUAAUAUACAAAUGUCAGUCCUGAAACCCUAAGUGUCAAAUGAAGGGAUAAAGAACUCGAUCAAACACUGAAUGGGAUCAGCAUCAGCCAGAUACCAACCUAGGUAAUGAACUCUCAAGGAUAAAACAAAACUAAAAGAUUUGCAAUAGGGAACCAGAGACAUCAAUCUGUAAAUGACGUCAGAACAAUAAAAAAUAUAGGUGUAGAUCUUCCAAAUGGAGAGGAAGUCAAGGUGAUAUCAAGUAAUAAAAGACUGGUUUAAACUUAGGAAGCUGGGGUAAACUUCAAGAUAACCACAAAAAAAGUUAACAAACCUACUCAUCAAAUAAAAACAAUCUAAGUAAACAGAAUCUACAAAAAUGAAAGAAAAAACCCACAAAAGACAUUCAGCACAGGAGAGUAAGAGGAACAAAGAAAAUGUCAUUCCCACAAAACUGCAAAAUGACAGCAAUAAACUCACACCUAUCAAUAAUCGCGCUGAAUGUAAAUGGCUUGAAUGUACGCAUAAAGAGAGUGACAGAAUGGAUAAACAGAACCCAUCAAUAUGCUGUCUACAAAGAGACACCUUAGAAACAAAGACAAAUAUUAAAAAUCAAAUGAUGGAAAAAAAAAAACCUAAAAAGCAGGA